AUGCAAGAGUCCUUGAAUCCUAACAGUGGAAAAGGAGCGUACUGUUUAAUCUGGAAUCCUGGACUUCUUGAAUCCUUGAAUGCUGGUAUGCAAGAAUCCUUGAAUGCUGGUAUGCAAGAAUCCUUGAAUGCUGGUAUGCAAGAAUCCUUGAAUGCUAGCAAUGAAAAAAGAGUGCGCUCAUUUUCAGACGCAAUUGAUUUACAUGGGAAGGAUGGAUUUGUUAUAAUUGCUCCUCAAAAAUUCUUUUGGGAAAGUGUAUUAAUCAAUUGA